AUGUAUGAUCAAUUAGAUAAGAUCGCACCUGCAAUCAAAGGAAAAAUGAUGGAACGCGGUAACACGAUGGUCGCUUACCAGCCAGAAAAAGGAAAAGCAAAGUUUUUCCGCCUAAUUAUCUCCAACCAAGCCGUUAAGCGCGAGGAUCUCGAUUUCCUUAUGAAAGAAAUCGCGGAGAUUGGCGAGACUCUGUGA